AAUCUUAUCGUGCAUGGAAAUUUGUACGUUCAGUGUAACACAAGCUUUUGUCGAAACACGACGGAUUAGAAAAUUGAUUUCGUCUUCACAAAUAUUCGUAGUCGUCAAUUGUUAUAUGAAUUGUUAUAUUGCAUAUAACAUUGUUAUGUUCUAGAGUGUUAUAAAGUUGUUUGUUUAUUAAGUGUUAUGUGGUUUCGCUCGGAUAUCGUGCUGUACCUAGAUAAACACGGCGUGUCGCCGCUACCGGUAAAGAUGCGCGGGCGCACGCCGCGCUGGCUGUGGGUGGGGGCGGGCAGCGGCGCGCUGCUGGCGCUCGCCGCCCUCACCGCCGCACUCGCCUGGCAAAGCAUCUUCGAUUCAGCUUUGGCAACUCAACUGAUGCUGGCUCCAGGCUCCAGAUCUUACCAGAACUGGGUGGCGCCGACAGUGCCGCUGUACUUCGACAUCUACUUCUUCAACUGGACCAACUCAGAGAGGUUCCCAGAUGAAAAGCCUAUUUUAGAAGAAUUAGGUCCCUACCGGUUCCGGGAGAAGCGCCGCCACGUGAACAUCACAUGGCACGAGAACAACGGAACAGUCGCGUACCGCACCGAGCGCAGCUGGUUCUUUGAUGAAGCCACCUCCAACGGGACCCUGCAGGACAACAUCACCACGCUCAAUGUCAUUGCUGCUUCAGCCGUAUACCGCUCCAGAUUCUGGGGCUUCCUUCAGCAGAAAGGCUUAUCCAUGGGCCUGGCGAUGUUUAACCAGCAAAUAGCGAUAUCUAAGCUGGCGAAGGAACUGCUGUUCGAUGGCUACGAGGACCCUCUACUGGAUCUGGCGAAGAGUUUGCCUCCGAGUACAACGGGAGGAGCCCCACCAGUAGAUCGCUUUGGAUGGUUUUAUGAGAGGAAUAACUCAUUGGAUACAGACGGGUAUAUGGAAGUCUCGACAGGGCAGAAAGCUGGGACCUUACCUGGUCAGAUCCUAAGGUGGAACUACGAAGACCACAUCACCUAUUAUGAAGGAGAGUGUGCCAAAUUAUCAGGUAGCGCCGGUGAGUUCAUGCCCCGGAACUUAACAGAGGAGUCAACCCUCACCAUGUUCGUGCCAGACUUGUGCAGAACUGUGAACAUGGAUUACGUGGACAGCGGAGAACUUAGCGGUCUCAUGUACCACAAGUACGCGAUUUCGGGGAGAAGCUUUGAUAAUUCAACAACCUCCCCAUCAAACACGUGCUUCUGUAACGGGGAGUGCGCAUGGAGCGGCGUCAUGAACGUGUCGGCGUGCCGGUUCGGCUCUCCGGCCUUUCUCUCACUGCCUCACUUCCUGGACGGAGACCCUCAGCUGCGAGAAGCUGUGGAAGGCAUGAGGCCUGACCCUGAUGCACAUUCCUUCUAUUUUGCUGUUGAGCCUAGAUUGGGAGUACCGCUGGAUGUUUCAGCCCGGUUUCAGCUCAAUAUCUACAUAGAACCGAGUCCAAACGUAGGUCUCUACCAAAACGUACCAAGAAUGUUGUUCCCAAUAUUCUGGGUGGAACAAAAAGUACAGAUUAACGAAGAAGUGAUAGCCGAGCUUCGGUUCGUGCGCGCCAUACAUGACUGGGGAGGCACGGUCUGCGCAUGCGCGGCCCUGGUCUUCGCAGCCCUCGUGACCAUGGCCGCGUGCUGGGCCCGCAAACCGCAGUACAUCAAACGGGAACUACUGGCCUUUGAGAAACCAAAAGACGAAGCAGAAUUAAAACUUAACCCUAUAUGAGAAUUUGGGAAUGAAAUAUUCGUAUUAAGUUAUGGAAAGAAGAUCUAUAUUCUAUUGGUUAUGUGGUCUCGACUGUACUAAGGAACGACGUUAUGCCAGCCUGUUUUUAAAAGGAUUUUGUGAAGAAUUAGACUAGAACACAGAAAGAACAUUGCUCAUGACAGCGCUUUGUGUACGUGGUGAAAAUAGUGAUAAGAAUGUUAUAGGCGUUUAGCCUUAUUGACAAUCAAUGCAAAUUGUUAAGGUAUAGGCCGUUUUUUAAUUAUGCGUAAUGAAUGCAAAUUUUUUUUGUAUGGAAACCAGUUGUUAUCCCAUUAAUUUGCUCGAUUUAUAGUUUAUCACAAGUAGGUAUCCGUAAUCCGUCCAGUUUAACGGUACUAGAUUCAGAUAAAAAUUAUCUAUUAGCGAAGCGGCUUGACAAAAACAAUGUUUUUUUUAGAAGAUUCGCGGAAUGGUAUUUCGUUCUUGUGUGGCGGGGGUUUUACAAACAUUCACAGUCACAUGCACAAAGACACAUUUGAUACAAGCAUUUGUGCCACACAAGUAUUUGUACCAAGCGGGGAUCGAAACGACCCAUCUAAGCUAUCAAGCAAUCAUUUUAUUGAUUUUAGUUUGGUCGUCUUCCAUUACACCUUCCUUUCAUUGAUUUGGUCUUUCUUAUGUUUUUCGCACCCUUUGAGGAAAUUAUGAGGUAAUUUAGUGCAGCCGCUAUAAAUUGUCAUGUUACUUACUGAGCACAAGGUUUCUUAUACACAUCGUAAAUAAUUAAAUUUGAAGGAAUCCUUUGAGACUCAAAAUGUCUUACAGGUUAAUGUUGCUCCCUGUCUUAAGUAAAAAAAGAAUUUUUAAUCGUCUGUGUAUAG